AUGGCAGAUCCGGUGAAGCCACAGCUGCAGACCGUUGGACUGCUCCCAACACUUGCUUCUCUGUUGGGCUUUUUCUCCCAUUCUGCGUUCUGCUGCGGGACCACCGCUUCACUCAUCCUCGUGCAGCUCCGGGUGGGGCGACUGCCGCCGCCGCGGCACCUCUCGGGCGAGCCCCGAGCCCGUGAGCCGCUGCGGUCUUCCGUGAAGCGACAACAGACGCUACUGCAGCGUCCUCGGACGACGACGGCUUACAGGGUGACAACGUUAGAGAAGACAAAUGCCAGCCUGCCAGCGCGCGAAGUACCCUCAGAGCGAGCCGACCACGGCGCGCUCCUCCCUGAGCGCCGGGCAGAGCCACUGAGCAGGACGGCACAGCUUCUCCAAAGCGAAGCUGAUCGGGCCUCCAGCGGAGAUGUACAGACGUUAAAGUCUGCCGCUGGGAUAGUGAAGCGUGCAGCCCGGCGCGUGGCUCAGGCGGGCCGCCGCGUGACCGGUCCGGAGCUCGAGGCACCUCCAGGCGACGAGGAAGGCCGCGGAGAGGCGCGGGCGGCGAAAUGGCGAACCAGGCACACCCGACCGCCAUCCCCUCAGGCGUACCCGGCACGCGCGACGCAGCUUUGGCAAGGGCUUCGGAUGGAUGUCCCGGGCCCUCGCCGCUGGGAUUCUGGUUGUGCUGCAAGCGAGGACGAUCCUGCGGUGGCGGUGGCUGCUGCGCCAAGGCGACACCCCAGCGAGCGAUGCAGCUGGCAAAAAAACAGCCUCGUUCUUUGA